GUGGCCAGUCACUGCUACUCAGUUCAGCGUGGCACACGACAGGGUGAGGGACUGUACACGUGGAUCCUCUCGCGUUUCCUCACCGUUGCUCGCUUUCGUUUUCAACACGUUUUCAACAGGUGGAUCUUCGUGUGUCUGUAUAUAUUUUCUGUCACGACCAACGCGAACGACUACAUACCUUACCGAAUUACUGAACUCAUGAACUAAGCACUAGAACAUACGGAAUGAAAUAAUUCGGAAACAACAUUCAUCGAAGAAAAUCAAUCAUGUGCGAGGUAGAGUCUCAAGGUCUCCCGGGGCACGGCGGGGCUCCCGGGGUCUCUUGCCCCGAGGCAGACAUCCACGAGAACGGCACGGAGGCUCUGGGGGAGCUCGAGCCCACCCCCGGGGAGAGCCCAGGGUCUCGCCGAAGCUCCAAGAGUUCGAGGGAGUCCCUGGGCGUGACUCCGAGGACGUCCCAGGAGCUGAUCGUGAAGGACUCGCCGGUGGACGAAGGCGUCGACCCGUUCAGCUCCAGGUUAACGCCGGGCUCCUCCUCCCCCUCGGAGCGUCGCGGCUCCAAGACGGUCAAUUUCAAGGAGCUGGAGAACGAGGACGAGGAGGAGGAGGAAGCGUCCCAGGCAGAGACAGACAGAGCUCGCAGUAGGUCGUCCUCCAUAUCGACCUCCUCCUCUGCCACCUCGUCUUCCAAAGCCCUCUCGCCAGGGUCCGGGGAAGAGGGCACGGCAGGGGUGACACGGAGGCAGAGGUCUCUCGGGGACGCCAACCCUGUCUACCGCCUGUCCAUGAAGCUGUCGCCUAACCUCUUCAACAUGACGGAUAUCCCAGGGGCGAGCCAGCACCGAGAGCCGGAGAAGGCGGGGUACCUGACGAAGCUCAGCGGCCGCAGCUUCCCCUACAUCCCGCAGUGGAAGCGCCGCUACUGCGUCCUCGCCAAAGGGAAACUCUACUACUACGAGCGCGAGGACAGCAAGGCCGGCGACAAGAGCAACGGGGUCAUCAACCUCGAGUACUUCGACCAAGUGGCCGAAGCCGGACCCAAGGACUGCAAGAAGGCCACCAAUGUCUUCAUCAUCACCUCGCAGGACAGAAGCUUCUUCGACCCCGGUCGACACCUGUUCUCGGCGGACACCCUGCCGGACAUGAAAGACUGGAUUCGGAAGCUUCAGUCAGCCUUGGACCAAAUACGAAACAACAAUCGACCUGCGACUUCGACCUCAUCCUCCGUGAAAGAAGGAGGAAAGAGAAGGAAAGAGGAUAACGCAGAAAAUAAGGAGAACGUACAAACCGCAACUAAGGAAAGAAAGAAAAAGAAAGAAGAUUCCUACCGCGCCCGCAAGUCGACGCGUGUGGGCGUGAGCUCCGAGAGCCAAACGGAGGCCGUGAUGGCGGAGAGGGACUCGGAGCCGCCCCUCACGCCUCCCCACAAGGGCGUGCAGCUGCCCGGGAUGUCGGCGCUCAAAGGGAUACAGCUUCCAGGCAUGGUGCCGACGGAAGCGUCUCGUCCCGCCGCCGCGUCCACGCCAACGGAAGUAGCGAAGGAGCCCGAGGACAAUGAAGACGGCUUGCCGACGGCGGGUCCCACGCUCACAUGCGUAACCAAGCAGAGGGUGAAGGGCCCUCAAGGUCGUCGUGCGCCACAGAACCGACGCACUCUCGCCGCCGCAGCCUUGAAGAACCGGGCAAGCUCCCUCUCGGCGCUUGAGUACCAAGAGCUCAACGACAACAGGUCAGAGUCUAGUCAGGGCAACAGGGGUUCGUCAAGAGAUUCAAAGUCAUCAAAGUCAUCCGAGAAUGACGUAGAGAAAGUAGAGGACAAGCCGGAAGUCCGCACUGAGAGCUGGUUCAAUGACAUUGACAGCGAUCUUUUCUUCUCUAAAAACGUUCAGGAGAGGGCGAGGGAAGGGCACGAGAACGGCCCCAAGAGGGUGUCGAAGCGUUCUUCCACCCUGAAGGUCAAUUUCGAGGAGAAAAACGUAAGAAAGCCUCGCACUCGCUCGAGAAACGGCUCGCUCCUCGGAUCGAAACUGUCGCGGAUGAGAGAGACGUUCGUGUCGAUCAAACGGAACAGGUUCGAGAGCAAGGAGCCCAUCGGAGCGAGCCAUCCCGACGAAACGGAUACUUCUCGGUGGACUUGCAGUAUCUUUUUGACUCGUGCAACACCGUGUACUCAAAAACCAAAGAACACACAAAAUAACAGGCCUCAGGCAAAACGAUCACUGAAGUAUUUCAAAUAUCAAAUGUCUAGGCAUCUUAUAGCACCGCAACCAGAUUCGUGUCGGAAAUCCCGACGUUUAGUUAAUGAUUCUGGAGGAUCUAUGGAUGGAUCAGAUGUGCAGUCUGCAACUGUGCCUUCCAUGUGCAAUGUGAUAUGCAACUUUCACUCUCUGCGGUUGCGUGAAGGUACUUGUGAACAUUGUGACGACUUGCACUGUGCUUCCUCUCAAUUGUCUCUGUCUGUCUUGCUGGUGAUACGUGUAGGAUACGGGAGAAAUCUUCGUGAACUUCAGGCUAUAUCUGACAUCAACGUAUGGAAGUGGAAACAUUUAGUCCUCACACGUAAACCAUAUAUUGUCACAUUUGCAUUUGAGGCUCCCUGGCUGAACAGAUCGCUCGACAUGCUCGAGGACGGCGAGAGAGGCGGUGACGGCGCCCCCGGGGGACCCGCGCCCGCAAACGGCUCCCAGCUCGCCCUCGCCGCCGCGGCUUACACUUACUCGAGCGAGGAGGACGCGGAAGACGACGACGGGGAGCACUCGCACGCCGAUUCCCUGCCCACCUCCGCCUCGGCCAUGCCUCCACCUCCGCCGCCAAGGUCGGCCUCCUAUGGCAUGGAGCUUCGGCGGCCUCCCUACUUGGCCCAGCUGGGACACCAGGCUGCGCACGUCUCCAGGGGAGAGGCCGGUGGCUCCAUGGGGGAGUUGAGAGAGCCCAAGCGUCGUCAGGGAGACGGGCGAGGCUAUGGCGGGGGCAGGGCGGAGUGGCGCGGAUCUUCGGGCGACAACUGGGAAGGCUCCAGGCGGUCCCUGAGCCAGCCGAGGGACCCUGGCACCAGCGCGUCGCCCGUCAUGGAUGACUUGGACAACAUGCUGAUGAACGAGAGCAUUCACCAGACCAGCGCUAUCAUGGACUCGGCUAGCGACGCAGGCAGCGACGGAAGCACCUGCCGCGCCUCGGACAGACCCCGGAACGCGCGUGACCCGGAUCUGAGCCGUUUCACGACGGCCGUGCGCCACCUGCAGCGACACGUCGUCGAGAUCGACCGCGCGGUCUUCGGCAUCACCGGCGACGUGACGGGCACCAGGCAGGAGGUCACCUCCCUCAAGGAAGCGGUUCUGGCCCUGCAGGCCGACACCGACACAAUCACCUCCACCCUCGCACAUCUUACAGAAGAAGCUAUCGCGGCUCAGCAGAAGAUUAGCUUAGCCAAGCAGGAAGCAGAGGGUAUACAGCGGUCGGUAAAGGCAGCCUUGGCCGAGGCAGAGCAGGCUAAACGGGAUCAACAGAGGACGCGGCAAGAAUACGAGGAGCUGCUCUUAGAGAUGAGAAAUGUGGUCAGAGAGAUGAAGGAAACGCGAGACGUCGCUUCAGGGUCACUGCCAGGCAAGAGUGCAUACAGCAGCGCCGGUAAAUUGAAUCUGCACGGAUCCAUAAAGGAAAGCCAGAGUAACAAAGACCAAAAUAUUCAUAAAAUCCAACACAGUAGUAGUUUAGGUAAACUCCCCCAAAGUAGUCUCAAAUUCACUAGUAGCAGUAGUAAAGAGCAACAAAUUGGCGAAAAGGAACGCACUAUAUGGAGUAAACCCUACCAACCUAUAGUAAAAGAACAUCGCCAUGAGAGCAAACAGGCUGAGACUCGAAAUUUGACUACCACCCAGAAGAGCAGCACUGACGAACAAUCUACUAAAUCCUCAUCGACUUCCUCUGGAGCCAGCAGUACCAAAGUACCCGAAAGUAGUUCCGUCAGUACCUGCACCACAUCCACGUCUUCCCAGGCGACGAGCACAACCAAGACCCCGCCUUAUCAGUCUCUCUUCAGCAGACCUUCCAGCUUGCUCUCCAGUCUCACCAACCGGGCAUCGCUCACAAAAUCAGUGUCUUUUGCUGAUCAGAAAGACAAAGAGACAGCUGACAGCGGCAAAGGACAAAACACUGCUGAACGCAAGAAAAAGGAAGACAAACACCACUCUUCUGAUAAAAAAAACAAAGAUGAGUCCAAGCACCAUAAGGAUGACAAGAAACACGCAGGAGACAGUGGCAGUAAGGAAAGGAGGAGUAAAGACAGAAAGGACCACAGCAGCAUAGACAGGAAGGAAAGGAAGGAAAAGAAGGACAGGCAUGAGAGUAAAGACAAGAGGAGUAACCUCAAAGCACAAAGUGAUUCUGGAAACAUUAUUUCAAACAUAUCCCUAGAGGACAUUCCCAUGGCUGACGAGCACAGUCAGGAUUUACUUGACAGUAAGUCGUCUCCAUUACUACAUACAUGUUCGUCGUCCAUCUCUCUCGUGCCUCCAGCUAACUACAGUUUAGGCAAGUCGUCGUCAACGCCCGCGGUCACGUACACUAACCCGGGCAACAGACCUCGAGCGCUGCACCUCAAUCGCGAACACCAGCGAGGCGAUUUCUCCAACUCCAUGACGGAAUCGCCCGAGUCGCCGUUAGCGCCCAGUCCUUUCCCCCGGUCAGCCUCGGCUCUCCCGCCGCUCGAUGAAUCCAACUCGUUCUCCGAGACGUCAUCUCUGACCUCCUUCCAUCGUCCUGGAUCGACUCCAGGUCCUCUAGCUCGACACGGAUCCAUGACGACCGUGCCCGAGGACCGCGCCGUGGUGGGCCCUCCGCCUACGAAGAAGCCGGGGAAGUUCGCCAUCAGCCGCCAGAACUCCUCGCCGAAUAUUCCACUCCAGCGUCAGAAUUCUGCUCCGGCCUUCCCUCUGCAAAGGCAACACUCCCUGGGUGUCGUGCCAGAGAACGGCCGCCUACCUCGCCAAGAAUCACUGAUGUCCGUUCCUGAAGAGCGUCCCAUCACGGAUCAGACGCUGCCGCUGUCUCCAACGCCGUCCAUGACAUACUUCCCCAUAUCGCCGUGCGCUUCCUUGUCCACCGUCGCCGAACCACGACCGCUGUCGCGAACCUCGAUGGAGCUCGUGACGGGACCUGUUCUGGCCGGGUCGUCGCUGCAGGAAGCCUCUGCCACUGGAACCCUUCCCGUCCUCAUUCCCCUCGAGGAGGAGGAGGAGCCCACAAAAACCUCUACUCUCAAAAAAGACUUCAAGUCCCAUAAAGACGUACUCGGCAUUCUUGUGUAGUGUAUAUAUGAACACUUCAUUCUCAACUCUUCAGUUGUAUAACUUUGGGUUUAAUUGAUAUCAAAUGGAUUGGCCAUAUACCCUACAGAUUUAGUGAUUAGUUUCUUUUACAAAACUAAAUUUCGAAAUUUAAUGCAUUUACUGAUAUCCCAUGUUUUUAACACGUCACGCACAAUCGGUAAUCUUUUCCUAACAUAAUUCCAGGUAAUAUAGUUGUGAAUAUGUUCCUGUAUAGUAUAUAACUGUAAUCAGCUGUCUACAAUAUUCCAUAUUACCCUACGUAUUCUAAGGAAAUGAAUAAUCGAUGUAUCAAGUCAAGUUGUCUAUUGUAUUAUAUUCCUAUAAUAGUCGUGAAUAGCAUUUGACUUGAUCGUGAAUUUUCCAUAAGGGUGAAAAAGACUAAAACGGUGUAUUUUACCGUCUAGUCAGGUAUUAGCCAGCUCAUGUUUUUUUCGAGUUUUAAUACUUUUUCAUGCAUGUUUUUUUUUUCUUCUUUGUCUUUUUUUGUCUAUGAAAACGAUACCAUAGGAUAAUAUUUAUGUGAACAAUCCAAUAAACCUAAAUAAAACCCGA